AUGGCUUUGUUGUUCUCUUGGAUGUGCAUCACUAUCUGUGUAGACAAGGCGCUGGGGAGCCAGACUGAUGAAGGGAAACUGUACUCUGAAAACAUCACCCGAAUUCUGGAUAAGUUGUUGGAUGGAUAUGACAACAGGCUCCGACCUGGAUUUGGAGGUGCUGUUACAGAAGUCAAAACGGAUAUCUAUGUGACCAGCUUCGGUCCCGUGUCAGACGUGGAGAUGGAAUACACAAUGGAUGUUUUCUUUCGGCAGACUUGGACUGAUGAGAGGUUGAAGUUUAGUGGGCCAACUGAAAUUCUUAGAUUGAACAAUUUAAUGGUCAGUAAGAUCUGGACACCAGACACCUUUUUUAGAAAUGGAAAAAAGUCAAUUGCUCAUAAUAUGACAACUCCUAACAAACUUUUCAGAAUUAUGCAGAAUGGAACUAUUCUCUAUACGAUGAGACUGACCAUUAAUGCUGAUUGUCCCAUGCGGCUGGUAAACUUCCCUAUGGAUGGGCAUGCUUGUCCAUUGAAGUUUGGGAGCUAUGCCUAUCCAAAAAGUGAAAUCAUUUACACAUGGAAAAAGGGACCUCUGUAUUCAGUAGAAGUACCACAAGAGUCUUCCAGUCUCCUCCAGUAUGAUCUUAUAGGACAAACAGUGUCUAGUGAAACAAUUAAAUCUAACACAGGUGAAUACGUAAUAAUGACAGUUUAUUUCCACUUGCAAAGGAAGAUGGGCUACUUCAUGAUACAGAUUUAUACUCCCUGCAUUAUGACAGUCAUUCUUUCUCAGGUGUCUUUCUGGAUUAAUAAGGAAUCUGUUCCAGCUAGAACAGUUUUUGGGAUUACUACAGUUCUAACAAUGACCACUUUAAGCAUCAGUGCACGCCACUCUUUGCCCAAGGUGUCUUAUGCUACUGCCAUGGAUUGGUUCAUAGCUGUGUGCUUUGCCUUUGUCUUCUCUGCACUUAUCGAGUUUGCAGCUGUCAACUACUUUACCAAUCUUCAGACUCAGAGAGCAAUGAGGAAGGCAGCCCGGGCAGCAGCACUAGCAGCAGCACUAUCAGCAGCAACUGUACCGGCAGAGGACGAGAUUGUCUCGCAUUCUGAUUCCAAUUGUAACCUGAAGAAGCGAUUGAACUCCACAACCUCUCAGACGGACCAGUCCCCUGAAGCCAGCAUAAUGUCCAAUAGUGCAUCUCAAGGUCAACCGACAUCUAUUCCCCCGCCAGCCCCACCACUGCCACCACCACCACCACCACCACCAGCAAUCGGAGGCACUAGUAAAAUAGACCAGUAUUCCCGGAUCCUCUUUCCAGUGGCAUUUGCAGGAUUCAACCUGGUAUAUUGGGUUGUUUACCUUUCAAAAGACACUAUGGAAGUGAGUACUAGUAUUUAA